GCCCUCUAUUUAUACUCUACCAGAUCCUCACAUUUGCACAUCAAGUUUUCUCUCAGUCUCUUCUAUUUUUUCUCAGAACUUCAAGUGAUUUCAGCAGACAAAAUGGUUUACAAUCUUGAGUAUAACCAUCCAUUCUUUUCUCGUCGUUGCGUGCUGGUGACCGGACCAGUUAUUGUUGGUGCCGGGCCAUCAGGACUUGCAGUAGCUGCUGGGCUAAAGCAGCAAGGUGUGCCAUUUGUGAUCCUGGAACAAGCUGAUUGCAUUGCCUCUCUGUGGCAAAACCGCACUUAUAACCGCCUUAAGCUUCACUUACCUAAGCAAUUCUGUCAAUUACCUUUGUUCCCCUUUCCUAAACACUACCCUGAGUAUCCCACAAAAUUUCAGUUCCUUGAGUACCUUGAGUCCUAUGCUAGGAAAUUCGAGAUCACCCCAAGGUUUAAUGAGUCUGUGCAGUCUGCAAAGUACGAUGAGACGUGUGGUAUGUGGCGACUCAGAGUAGUGACAACCAGUGGGGGGGUGGUGGUGAGUGUGAUGAACUACAUAAGCAGGUGGCUUGUGGUGGCCACAGGGGAAAAUGCAGAGAAGAUUGUGCCAGAUAUUGAAGGGCUUAAAGAGUUUGGUGGCAGUGUCAUGCAUGCUUGUGACUAUAAGUCUGGUAAGGAUUUUCAAUACCAAAAUGUUCUGGUUGUUGGCUGUGGAAACUCGGGCAUGGAAGUUUCUUAUGAUCUUUGUCACCAUAAGGCCAAUCCUUUGAUGGUGGUCCGAAGCUCGGUGCAUGUUCUGCCAAGGAAUAUUUUUGGAGCAUCAACUUACGGAUUAGCAGCUACCAUGUUAAAUUGGAUGCCAGUUUGGAUGGUUGACAUUGUUCUUGUAGCUCUUUCGAGGUUAAUACUCGGAAAUCUGGAGAAGUAUGGUCUGAAAAGGCCUUCAAUAGGACCUCUGCAGUACAAGAACACUGAAGGAAAGACCCCUGUACUUGAUGUUGGUGCACUGCACAAGAUUCGGUCUGGAGAAAUAAAAAUAGUCCCCGGGAUCAAGAAGCUCUCUCGUCGUCGUGUUGAGUUUGUUGAUGGCAAUGUUCUUGACAUAGAUGCUGUCAUUUUUGCCACAGGGUAUUGCAGCAAUGUUCCUUCAUGGUUAAAGGAAAAUGAAUUUUUUUCAAGAGAGGGGACCCCUGUGGGGAAAUAUCCAAAUGGAUGGAAAGGAAAAGAUGGGCUUUAUGCAGUUGGAUUCACAAACAGAGGGCUGGCUGGGGCAUCAUCUGAUGCUACUAGAGUUUCAAUAGACAUUGGGAAACUAUGGAAAGAAGAAACAAAGAAAAUGAAGCAUUCUUCUGUUGUUUUGGCUGGCCAUAGAAGAUGCAAAUCACAUGUCUGAUAGAUUUCAUGCAAAAGUCUACUCUGAGAAAACAGCAGCAAAAACAGGACAAUUCUGUUCUAUUUUGCCUUUAAAGGUUUAGUAAUUUUUAUUUUUCGGGUCGGAUUCGUGUCGGAUUGCAUUUAAGCAAGACAAAAAGUAUGAUUAUAGUGGCCCUCUCCAUAGAGCUCCCAUAACUAGUGUUGGGAUUUUGAAGGAAGAUGUGGCUUGAUGUUCUUAGAAAUUCUUAUGUCCUCAGUAAUUCGUAUCUUUAAUAAAAGAAGUUU